AUGCAUAGUGUUCUACUGGCAGAGGUUCUUUCCUCGUACUAGUCGCUCUUGUUAUCUUUCAGCUUAGUUUGAAAAUGGCGGCUUACUUGUGGAGAAAAUAUGCAGAUUACUUGUACACAAAGUGGGAAAGGACAAUUCUUUGGGACAUGGUAGAGCCAUACAGAAGACCAAAGACAUUUACUCCGCUUGUAACAGUUUACAUCUGUGCCUUUUAUACUGGUGUCAUUGGUGCAGCCAUCACUGAACAACUCUAUAAGGAGAAAUACUGGGAGGAUCAUCCUGGAGAAUCAGUACCUUUGAUGAAACCAAUAUUUUAUGGUGGGCCUUGGAGAGUAAUGAGAGGGGACGUUCCUCCAACUGGAAAAUUUGAGUUUUGAAACGGCUGCUGAUACUUUACACCCCCGCAUAGGCCCCUCCCUAUGUCCAUUUUGUUCCAAGUUCCAAACAUUUGUGCAUAAGAUAUGUGCCUUGUCAUCUUUGCAUGUUCCAGUGGCUGUUUGGAGUGUGGAUUUUUUUGCAUCCCCCUUGACCUUCCCAAAUGUCUAUUUUCAUGGAUUGUGGAGCAUGUUAGAUGGUUUUAUACAUAAUAGUCUAGACUCUAGAGAAGUAUUCAGUUAUAGAAAUAGAAUUGGAGGCAUGGGGGUCCCCUUGGUGACUUUUGCUUUGAUUAAAAUCGGGGGAUAAAAAAUCCAUUUCUGGUGCCUUUUAAGAUUAUGGUUUUGUUGGUAUGACAAGAAUCCCUGUUUUCCCCUUUGUAGUUGUGGCUUCAUUUUGUUACUUGGAACAUAGUGGUUUUUCUGCUGUCUCAGUUUGCAGAUUGAACUGAUUGAAUUGAUGUUGCUUUUGUUCUUUCUUUGUGAAUUGUGGCUUGCUAUUUGUUAUGCUCAUUUUGGGGUGAAUGUU